AUGGAAUAAGAAUAAAAGUAUCACUUUCAUAUCCCUUUUGUUAACAAUUAACAAUAGAAAAAGGAAGAUAUAAAGCUAACAAUUAUAGGUUUGAUUGAUGUUUCAGCUUCAAUGUAUACUAGAUGGGAAUGGGUAGCUAAUUUUUGGAAUAAAUCAAUACCAAAAGAUAAUUUAAUAACAUUGACAUUUGAUCAUAGAGCAAAAAAAGUUCUUAAUAAUGUUCUUUCUUAAAAUAUUGAAGAUCAUGGCGAAGGAACUACUGAAAUAGUGCCUGCAUUUGAGCUUUUAGAGAAGGAGAUUGUAAAGGUUCCAUAAAAUCAUAAUAUUACAGUAAUAUUUAUUAGUGAUGGUCAAGAUAAUAAUGUAAAAACAAUAGAAUAAAGAAUGAAACAAAAAUUGAAGGGGAAUGUCUAAAAAAGAAAUAUCAAUUUUAUUUGUUUGGGAAUUGAAGAUGAAUUUCCUACAUUUUUAGCUAUGCAAUUAAGAUAAUUAUAUCACAAAGGAGAUCCUUAGAUUCCUGCAUUGUAUUUAAUUGAACAUGCAUCUGAAUAAGCUUUUCAUAAUAAAUUUGAAACAAUGAAAAGAUAUUUUUAUUCAACAUAAAUGAUACGAGUAAAUAAUGUUGUAUAAUUAUUUCCAUAUGAUGAAGAAGUUACUGAUGAAGUUUAUGAAGGAUAAUGGGUUUAUAGUGUAAAACCAGAAUUGAAAUUUGUUAAUUAUCCAGAUAUAUAGAUUAUUCCAAUUGAAUAGAAUAAACUUGAAAUUGAUGAUGUUGUUGAUCUCUUUAGAUCAUGGGUUUAAAAUAUUUAAAUCAGAAUUAUGGGAAAGAAUGAAGAUAGUAGAGAAAAGGCUAAGAAAUGUUUAAAUAUUGUAAAUUAAAUUGUAGAUAGAUUAACUGAAUUCUUUUAGAUGGAUGUACUCAAUUUCAAAAUGGAAGAAAUUAAUGAUCCAAAUCAACCUUUUAAAAUUAGAGCAAAAAGAAAUUAUGCAUAUAAAUAUGGAAAUAAAUUAUUAUUUUUUGUUAAAGAAUUAAAUUAAUUAUCAGAAGGAUCAAAUCCAAAUGAAGUAGAUGAUUUUGAAGCUGCAAAAAGAUUGAAUAUUGGAACUAUUGUUGGAAAGCAUUAUUAAAAGGCUUUGUAAUUGAAGGGAAUUACAGUAUAAGAAUUUAAAUAAAUAAAAGAAGAAUUUUAUUAAAUUAUUUAAAAUUGUAAAAUUAAUCCUUAGAAUGAAUAAGGUCAAGAAAGAUCAGUCAUAUCUUUAGAAAAUUUUAGAGAUAUUCUAUCGUAAAAAUAGGAAAUUUUAGAGGGAUUGAAAUUUAUAAAAACAUAAUAUGAUUUUGCUGAAACUUUCCCAUUAGUAGGUCAUGGAUUAAAGGUUAAGAGAAAUGAUGGAUCUUUUGUAAAUCCAUGGUUAAUUUAAGUUUAGUCAUUUGCUAAACAUAAUAAAGUUAUAGAUUCUGCAUAUCUUAUCAAAAAUAACUUUAAUAUUUAAUUAUAAAUUGGAGAUAAUUAAACAGAGGAGAUCAAUUGUAUAUUACCUUUGUUUCCACAAUCUGAUAAUGAUUUAUAAUCAGUACUUAGAUCCAGAAUAAUUAAGUUGCUUUUAACUUUUAUGGUUUAAUAAAAUGUAGACACUCUUUACGAAGAAACUUAUUUAGCAUUAUUAUCAAACUCAUUGAUUAAUGUAUUGAAAAAAUAAAAAUCAUAAUGGUAAAGUGAAAUAAUUGAAUAAAUUUUUUAAACUACAAAAUUAGUAUAUUCAGGUACUAUAAAUUUUGAAAAUUAUUUAUAAAAGUUAUUAAAUAAUCCAAAUUAGGCUUAUUUAGAAAAAGAAGCAGAAUAUGAAGAUUAUGUAUCAACAGCAAAACCAUUUAUUCAUUUAUUUUAUUUAACUAAAUUAGGUAAUAAUUAUGUCAAAGAUUUUGAAUAGGAAAUAGAAAGAUUAAUUCUUUAUUAUUUUAUUAGAGAAUAAUAUAAACAUUUACAAUAAUUAUCUUAUUAUUUGAAAUUGAAAUUAGAGAAAUAAGAUGAAAAUUUUGUUUAAGAAUAGUUGAAAUCAUCUUUUGAAAAGCAUUUAAGCAUUAAAAACUUUAGAAAUUCAAUUACUAAAGAAAUUGAGAAGGUGUUAUUAGAUAAAUAUGAAAAGGAUUCAACUAUAAUAGAUUUAAAUGAGGAGAAGGUUUUUAAUUAAGAUUUAAAAUUAACUUUGGAUGCUAUUGAAUCAUUCUAUGAAUAAUGCAAAGGUGUAAAAUUUGAAAGAACAAGAUAUGUUCAUAUAAUAUAUCAUGCUCUUAAAUAGUAGGAGAAAGAUGUUUUUUUAAAGAGAAUUAGUUAUAAUAAUUUAAAAGAAAUUUAAUAAGCAUUAAUUUAAGAAAAUAAAGGAAACUUAACAAAAGGUACAUCUGCAAUUAAAUCAGCUUUAGAAAAAGAAUAUACUAAAUGGUUUAUAAAGAAUCAUAUGAUGGUUGAACCAUUAACGUAUGAAUAAUUGCAAAUUGAAUGUUAAUAAAAAGGAAUAGAUGUUAAUACUAUAGCUUAUAAUUAAAAAUCUGGAUUAAGUAGUAAUUGUUGUUUGGCAAAAUAAUGUCCAUUUUAUUUAAUAGUAAAUGGCUUAGAUUUUAAGAGACAUGUUUAGACUUGGGGUAGAAAGGUUCCUUAAGGUUUUCAUUAAUAUGUGAGAUCUGAGAUUUUAAAAGGAUAGAAUAUUGAAUAGAUUAUUUAAUCUUCAAAUUAAAAAUGGAAGAAAUUUCCUUAAUUAUAUUUAGGAAAUGAAGAAGUUGUUCAUUAAUAUAUCAAAUUGAUUUCUGAAUCAUUACCAAAAGAAUAUUAAAUAAAAGAAUUGCCAAAAUAAUAAUUGUUGCAUCAUUAAGUUAAGUUGACAUUCCCUAAAAAAUAGAAAGUAAAGAAAUAUGGAAAUAAACGAGGAUAAAAUAAAUAAAAUUAAAGAGGUGGUCGUGGAAGAGGUCGUGGUAGAGGUAGAGGACAUUGA